CGAAACUUUAAUUUUAAAAGUUAUUAAAAUUCGAAUGUUAUCCUUGGCUUUUCUUCCAAAACUAUUAGCGUAAACAUUUAUUUUCACAUAAAAUGGAACUUAACAUACUCCAGAAAUACAAUAUUGAGGACAUAGAAAAUCCUUUGCCAGAAGAGGCUUUCGAGUUACUGCCCUGUCAAAAGAAAUUCAAAUUGAAACCCGAAGAUGAGAUCAGUUUGGAUAGUAUCUUCUCGGCUUUAUUAGAUCGCAUUGAACCCACACAAAAACACUUAGGAAAACUUAAAUUUGAGGUGCCAGCCAAGGAUUUGCUAAAUGAAAAACAGGCCAUUAUCUUUGAGGAACAAUUGUAUAUAUCGAAAUUAAAAGACAACAGUUGCAAGUUAAAUGAAGAAACAAAAAUAUUUCUAGAAAGUGAAUUGGAGGAAUUGGGGGAAUUUAAAUUGAGAGUAGAAGAAAGUUAUGAUGGUUAUGUGGUCCUUGCGAAGAGUAAAAUGCUAAAGGGAAAAGGAAAAUAUGAGUGUGGUCAUUGGGUUAAAGGCAAAUAUGAUGACAAAUUAAAUUUGAUAUGUGAGAAAAGAAGUGAAUAUGAUUUUGUGGAUAAUGCCAGGAUAGAAAAGACCUUAGAUGUCCGUUUAAUUGAGGAGAAAUUGAUAACAAAACGUGAGACAAAAAUCAACAAUGACAACCAACGUUUCAAGGCGGUUAUUAAUGUCAAGGGUAGGGAUGAUGUUUUCAUUUUAGAUGGCGGUGUGUUGCUGCUUAUGCGUUAUUUAAUUGUUAAUAAUUUUCGUGGUGAUUUUCAUUAUUUUUCCAUGAAUUUAAUAGGAAAAAUUAUACGCUGCCAAUUGACCAUACGUGAGGAGCGUAAACAAUUGAAAAUGUUUCAUCGUACUUUCAAGAAUGCUGUGCACGUUAUCAAUACCCAGUAUUUCAAUAAUUAUCCCCAAGAAGUAUCGGAAACAUUUUACACCGUCCAUGGCAAAAUGAUUCUACAUUAUUGGCAUAAUUUCAAUUAUCUUAUACAUGAAACUAAGGGGAUUAUAAUCAAACAAGAACCAAUUGUACCCAAAUUGGAAUUAAUGUGGCGCAGUCAAAAUCAGUUAUUGGAUCAAUAUCGUUUGAAAAAGAAACUGACCUAUGAAAAUGCCAUGGAAUAUUUUGAAAAACAUCCUGAACUGUCGGAUUUCUUGCAUGACUAUGUUUUGAAUGUCUUGAAAUACAAACCACGCAAUAUAUUGGAAUUUACAGUGAGGUUCUUUCAAAAAUUCAAGAAACCUUUACAAAGGGGUUAAAUUUUUGUUUAUUUUGAUGGCAAUACUUUUGAG